AUGCCUCAGAACCGAGCGCUCCCGCCUCGAGACGGGAUCUACGUGAUCAAGAACGAAGCCACCCGCCAGGUGUUGACCAUCGAUCCGAACGCGCAGAGCGAGUCGGCGCUUACGCUGCGGGAAUGGAAUCCUUACUUGACCAUGACCUGCGAAUUCCGCGUCGAGAGGAUGCAGGGCAAGGGCGAGUGGGAGUAUUCGCUUGUGGCCGCGCAUAACGGACUGAGUCCAUACAUACUCGGGCGACACUUCCAGAACGAAGAAGUCCCAGUAGCAUUACACGCCGUGUUCCCAUUCCACUUGCUCGCAGUCGUGCGGCCGGGGAAACUGAGAUGUCGCAUCUCGGACUCGGAUCGCCCCAUGGAGGAACGCAGGUAUAUCGUCGCCCAACGGGACGGAUUUGGAUACAAGAGUGGUGAUGAAGCGCAUUACUGGGAGUUCGUGUAUCGGCGUCCUAUACCGGGUCCGCAUGCGAAUGGCUCCAAGGGGAAGGGCAAAUAUAACAACGGCCACUGGAAGGGAAAGAACGAUUGCGGGUGGGAUACAGAAAAUGGCGAUAACGAGAAUAAGGGCAGGGGCAACGAUAACAGGGGAACGAACAACGCCAACAACUCGAACUGGACCGGUGGUCGCGGCGCCGGCAAGAAAGACGAGGCCCCCAGCAUAUGGUUACGCAUCCCGACCGGCGCGAUAGAGAUACAUGCCAGUGGAUGGAGCGCAUGUGCGAUGGAAGAGAUCUACCGCGGCCGUGGAGCCCGACGUACUGCUGACGGCUUGACUGUGGUCCAAACCCGGCGUGAGGUAGAAUGGGUAGACGUUGCGGAGCCCCGCUCUCACACGUCCAGCACCAGUAUCAGACCACCUCACUCGAUAGAUGAGCAUCGGACGCGAAACGGACCCGUUGACUACGGACGGAUCGGCGGAGAGGAAGACCUGCCAGAGGAGGUAUACCGCGAGCGCGGCACCUGUGAUGGUGGAGGCACGCAGCAUGCAGUGUGCUAUCCCCGAGUAGCUAAUACCGAGUUAAAACACAUCGGGCAACCGAGCGUACGAGCCAAGGUAUCCAGUGACCCUUUAACUCAGGAUACGCGCCCAGACCAACAGCACUCCCGUACGAAGGAGAGCGCUGGUGACGACGAGUACGACGACACAGGCAUGAUACCUAGACGAUGCGCGGAGGUGAAGUGA